AUGAGUUCUUCUUCUUCUUCAUCUCGUUUACCCCAUCGUAGGUCUGUAACCGGAGUUCCAGCGAGAUGUUGGUGUGGGAUGAAGCUGAGGACAUAUGUUUCUCAUACAGAUAAGAAUCCUUGUCGGCGGUUCUAUAGGUGCGAGAUCGCAAUGCAGAGAAAAAUGGAGUCGCAUCUUUUUAAGUGGAUAGACGAAGCUUUGCUUGAGGAGACAAGAAUGGUAGAUACAAAGCUGAUGAGUCUAGUAGAUAAAGUGAAAGAAUUGAGAAAUGAGAUG